AUGCCUAUCUGCAUCAGUUGCACUACCCAGACCCCAUACCUUUACACGGUCUACGAAUCAGCAAACAACCUACGGCUCGAAGAAUGUAGUAGCUGCCACGCGUUUGCGGACCCCUACGUUGAACAUGACAAUUUGGUUCUAUUUAUCGACUUAAUUCUACUGAAGCGCGGUGUCUAUCGUCACCUGCUGUUCAAUAGAGGGACAGAACCUCGGAGAUCAGGAUCUGAGAACAAAGGGAAGGAGAGGGAGGAUGCUGGGUACAAUCGCGAAAAGAAGCGCUGGCUUCUUGUCAUGCGGCUUGGUUCCGCGCUUGUGAUCUUGGAUGCAUGUGAGCUCGGGGUUAGCUCUUGCAAUCCACACCGCCUGACCUACUAUAGACCGAGAGGACCGGCUGACGACUCCCCUCCAUGGAAUCACGACGAUGGAGUCGCAUUCCUACGGGUGCUGCUCGGGUGCUUAGCAGAGACUGCCAUAUUUCAUGGUGGCAUAAUCUUUGCCUGCCAUAUAAUGCUCUCCAUUCAGCGUUUCUUGUCUUCCAGGGGAUACGGCGUCGCAUCUAGCGCCUCGCCGGGUAUCAGAUCCGAGUUUCGCCUUUCCCUGAUACCUCUAUCUCUAUUCUAUUCGUCUCUGACCAAGUUAUUUCUUCUGUUUUUACUCUCAAUCUGGCGUCCUGCAACGGCACCAAUUCGACCAUCAGAACACAUUCUGGAACGAUGGGACAAGAAGGCGUACAUCGCGCAUGCCCUUCAGCUUCUUGAUGAUGAUAAAAUUGACCGUGAGUGGGUCGUACGGAAUGUCCUAGGAGGAAUGUCUGCGGGAUUUGCCCUUCGCGUUAUUCUUGAUUCCCAUCCGUUACUGAGCAUGCUCGUCAUUUUGGUGGGUUGGAUGGCUAAAACUGGGAUGGCUCGAGUUGUCAGUUCGUGGGUAGGCGGUGACGAACGAACGGGAGAGGCUUGGCUCGCAUACAGUAUUCCUUGA